AUGGCUCCCACGGCCUUUCCUCUCCUUCUCAUAGUAGUUGCACUGCUCUUGCUGCAGCCAGCUACCUUGCUGGUUGCUCCUUCCCUCCUUCGCAAUAAUGGCACAGACCUUGGUGCGCUGCUAGCCUUCAAAGCCCAGCUCUCCGAUCCUCUCGGCAUCCUUGGCAGGAACUGGACCACUAAUACAUCCUUCUGCCACUGGACCGGUGUCUCUUGCAGCCGGCGCCGACAGCGCGUCACCGCUCUUGCACUGCCAGACAUGCCCCUCCAAGGGGUGAUCUCACCUUAUCUCGGUAACCUCUCUUUCCUCCUUGUCCUAAACCUCACUGGCACAAAUCUCUCGGGCUCCAUCCCGUCUGAUAUUGGUAGAUUGAGUCGUCUCGCCAUUCUUGAUCUUAGCUUUAACAGCUUGUCAGGCACCAUCUGUCAUACCAUAGGAAACCUCACAAAGCUACAAGCCCUUGUUCUACGCGCAAAUGAGCUCUCUGGGCAAAUACCGGAUGGUAUUGGCUCCUUGCUCAUGCUUCAGGUUCUUGACUUGAGGCGUAACCAGCUCACCGGUCCAGUACCUCCUAACAUCUUCAACAUGUCUAGGCUUGUGGAUAUGGUCCUAGGGUUCAACAAUCUAACAGGGCCUAUACCUAGCAACGAAAGCUUUAGCCUGCCUAUGCUGCGAGUAAUAUCUCUUUCUAGAAACAAAUUCACUGGUCGAAUUCCAUCAGCCCUUGCGGCAUGCCAGCACCUUGAGACACUUGACGUCGGGGGAAAUCUAUUUGUGGAUGUCAUGCCGAUUUGGCUGGCUAAACUGCCACAGCUCACCCAACUUUCUAUAGCAAAAAAUGGCAUCGCCGGUCCAAUCAUACCUGUGCUCGGCAAUCUCACUAAACUUAGUGUGCUUGAACUCUCAUUCUCCAACCUAAGCGGACAGAUUCCGGUGGAAUUGGCAAAACUGAGACAGCUCACCUACCUCCACCUUUCGUACAAUCAGCUUACGGGUCCUUUUCCCACCUUUAUUGGGAACAUGUCUCAACUGUAUUUCUUGGCACUAGAAUCAAACAUGUUGACUGGAUCAGUACCAUCAACACUUGGAAACAUCAAGAACCUUUCACGCCUUGAUAUUCGAAUGAAUCACCUCCAUGGGGAUCUUGAAUUCUUGGCCGGCCUUUGCAAUUGCAGGCAGCUCCAAAUCCUUGCCAUAUCAACCAAUUCCUUCACUGGGGUUCUGCCCAACUAUGUUGGAAAUCUCUCGAAAAAUCUGUUAGAAUUUACAGGAAUCAACAACAAGUUAACAGGCGGGCUUCCAGCUACACUAUCAAAUCUAAGUGAUCUCCGUGCAAUAAGCUUCGCCAACAACCAACUAACAAAAGAAAUCCCAGAGUCCAUCAUGAUGUUGGAGAAUCUCCAAGCACUUGAUCUGUCUAGAAAUAGCAUGUCUGGCUCAAUUCCGGCACGAAUUGGCAUGCUAAGGAAAAUUGUUAUGUUGCUACUCAACGAUAAUAAAUUCUCUGGCUGCAUACCAGAUGGCCUAGCUAACCUCACCAUGUUAGAGUACAUUUACAUAUCUUGUAACCUUCUGUCUUCCACCAUACCAUCAAGCUUGUUUUACCUUAAUAACCUUGUCGGACUAAACUUGUCACAUAACUCCCUAACUGGUGAAUUGCCUUCUGAUCUUGUCCACAUGAAAGCUAUUGACAAAAUAGAUUUGUCUUCUAACCUCUUAAUUGGUAGCCUUCCAAGUUCAUUUGGACAGCUCGCGAUGUUAACAUACUUAAAUCUGUCACACAAUUCAUUCGAAAAUUCCAUCCCAGCCUCUUUCCGUAGCUUAACCAGUUUAGCAACUUUGGACCUAUCAUCUAACAAACUUUCGGGUACUAUACCCAAUUACUUUCCAAACUUCACCUACCUUAUUAAUCUAAAUCUCUCCUUCAAUGAGUUACAAGGCCAAAUACCAACUGGAGGUGUUUUCUCAAAUCUCACAUUGCAAUGUUUGAUGGGGAAUGUUGGGCUAUGUGGUGCUCCCCGUCUAGGAUUCUCACCAUGUCUCGACAAGUCUGACCCAACUCAUGGUCGACACAUCGUCAAGUUUGUAGUCCCAGCUGUCACCAUUGUGGUUGGUGCCUUCGCAGCUUGCUUAUACCUAAUGUUCAGAAAGAAAAACAAGAAGCAACCAGAUGCUAUGGCUUCUUCUGACAUGGCUGAUGUGAUUGGCCACAGGUUAGUAUCCUACCACGAGAUUGCUCGUGCCACUGAAAAUUUCAGCGAAAGUAACUUAGUUGGAGUUGGGACUUUCGCCAAAGUUUUCAAGGGCCAACUGGACAAUGGAUCAGUAAUUGCGAUAAAAGUGCUCAAUAUGCAAGUCGAGCAGGCCGUGAGGAGCUUUGAUGCUGAAUGUCAAGUGUUGCGGAUGGCUAGGCAUCGUAACUUGAUAAGGAUAUUAAAUACUUGUUCCAACAUGGAUUUCAGAGCACUGCUGCUUCAGUACAUGCCCAAUGGUAGCUUGGCGGCACGCUUGCACACUGAAUAUAGGGAACCAUUAGGGUUCAUCAAGAGAUUGGAUAUUAUGAUCGGCGUGUCAGAGGCAAUGGAGUAUCUGCACCAUCAUCAUUAUCAAGUUGUUCUACACUGCGACCUGAAGCCUAGCAAUGUGUUGUUUGAUGAGGAGAUGACAGUACAUGUUGCUGACUUUGGCAUCGCAAAAUUACUUCUAGGCAAUGACAACUCUGUGGUUUCAGUGAGUAUGCCGGGGACAAUUGGCUAUAUGGCACCAGAGUAUGCUUUGGUGGGAAAAGCAUCACGGAAAAGUGAUGUUUUCAGCUUUGGAAUAAUGCUGCUCGAAGUCUUUUGUGGGAAAAAACCCAGUGACCCCAUGUUCACGGGAGAAUUGAGCCUGAGGCAAUGGGUUUCCCAAGCAUUUCCGGUAACUCUUAUUGAUGUUGUGGACGACAAGCUACUGCAAGAUGAAGAGAUUAAUCUUUGCUUUGAUCACCAGACCGACAUUUCUUUGGGGACUUCUCCAACUAGCAUGACUAACAACCUUCUUGUGUCAAUAUUUGAGCUGGGUCUGAUGUGUUCGAGCGAAUCACCUGAGCAAAGGCUGGCAAUGAACGAUGUGGCCACAAAGCUGAAGAACAUGAAAAAUGGAUUACUGUCCCUCUGCAUAGGCGAUGCAAAGUCCACAACAUAGCCAGUUUUUUUCUUUUCGAAAAGGAAGAGCCCACAACAUAGCUAGGUGAAUCUAUAUUAAGUUUGAGUUUCCACUGUACAUCGUAUAUUGUAGCAAUAGGCAUGUAUUUCCAUUACGUCUGCAACCUUAAUAUUGUUCAGAUUAUGUUUGUAUGUCAAACAUGUCAUGUUGACUGUUACUUGUUUAUUCAGUUAAUUUGUAUUAUCACAUGAUUUACGCUGUCUUUAGCAGAGUUGUAGCAUGUAUGUUCUUCUGUUACUUGUUUA